GCCGGUAUUUCAAAAGUGCUGUGUAACAGUCGGUAACAUAUGUCGCUGGCCAGAAAUGAGGCACAGUACUAAGUAUGAGGAGGCUUACGGUCAAAAGCAAAGGCUCAGUUAAAUAAUGUACAAGCCAAUACAUCAGAUUGCAUGUGGUGAAUUGUAGUCAUCUGUUUAUAGUCAUUCAUCACAUUCAAUGAAGUACUCGAUUGAAUUUAUUCGUAUUGGCUGGACAAGGCGUAUUUCAGAUCACUACUUCAGUUCUGCAUGUACGAUAUCAUUACUAAGAGGACCUAAAUUGAUUCUUGUUGACCCUGGUAGUCCAUGGGAUUCGCAAUGGCUCCUUUCUCAGCUCUCAUCUCGUGGAGUAAAUCCUUAUGAUAUCGAUUUUGUUGUUUGUACACAUGAUCACGUCGAUCAUAUUGGAAGUCUACAUAUAUUCCCAAACUCUACUCGGAUUGUGGGAGAGAAUUUCGAAGUUCAAGGUCUUAAAGAUUGCUUCAGUAUUCUCAAAACGCCUUAUGAGAUCGACUCCUUCGUUCACAUAAUAUCUACACCUGGGCACACUUUGUCAGACAUAUCAGUCAUUGUAGAGGAUGUUGAUCAAUUCGGUCGUGUUGCCAUAGUGGGUGACUUGUUUGAAUGUGAGCAAGAUACUAUUGACCCAUCUUUGUGGCAUUCAUCUAGUAACAAUGUAAGCAUACAACAAAAAAGCCGGGAAUUCAUUAUCGAUAACUUUGACUACAUUGUUCCAGGUCAUGGACCAGCCUUUAAAGUUACUAAAAGGUGGCAAAACUAACUUUGUAUGUACCUUGUUUAUUGUAAUUUACUCGACAUUUGUUACACUUUUGUCUGUCAUGAAAUUCUCUGGGAUAAUCAUUUAUCUUUCUAAGUUUUUAUAAAUCACAAAACCCUUUAAUUUUCUCAUUAUAUAUCCGAGAGCAUUUAGUUAUGAUAUCAUAGACUCAAGUUAUUAUUAGUCAAGACAUAGUCAAUAACUUUAUUGUA